GGACUUGGCUUUGUUCAAUGAUUCCAGGAGAAGGAGACUUAAAUCUGCUCCACUGCUGUGCUAAAAUAAAAUUAGGAUGGUAAAAUAUGUCAAGUAAGAUGUGACAAUUUUAUGAUAUGCAUGCAAAGAUAAUACAGUAGCACGUGUCACCCUUUCACAACACCUCACAAAAUUGUUUUUUUAAUUGGAUCAUAUAUCUUUCUUUUUGUAUGUUGAACAAAAAAUAAUUCCACCACAUAUCUUAUGAGGUACAAUUUUAACAUCAGUGAUUUAUAAUUUUGAGAAGAUGAUUGUAUUUAAAAAACUAAGAAACAUUGUGUAAUUCAUGUACAGAAUAUGAUAAGUUAUGUUUUUUUUCCAUUAUUUUUGUUAAAUGACAAGUUUAAAAAUCAAGAUUUGCAGAGUAUUAACUUGGGUAUAUUUGAUAUUUAAAGAUAUUUUCAACAUCACAAUGAUAUUACUUGAUCCAAGAAACUCCUGGUUAAUUUUUGUUUGUAAAGAUAAAGGCUUAUUUUCCCAAUGCUUUUUCUAAGUGAGAAAAAUAUUUAAAAAUUUCAAUUAGGACUGUAAACACUGUUACGAAGAAGAACUUUAGCAAAUACUAUUUGAGUACCUGGUUGUGCUGAAGCAAAAUUAAGGCACCUCUAUACAGUAAGUCAGCAGCCUCUGCAAAUUUUUGUUGGCUAUUGUAUCUAGGGGAAAAAAUAAUUAAAUCUACACUGAGUUAAAAUAACACGGAAGAUAUGAAAGAAAAUUUGAUAGCAUUUUCAUUAAAAAAAACUAUAUACUUGCAAACAUUACUGAAUUGCAAAAGGUGAAAUAUAAGGCUAACAAGAAAGAUGUAUUAAUGGUAUCCUCUGCUUUUAACAAGCCUACAGUAACUAUUUAAUAGUGAGUUAUUAAGUCAGAAAUAAUGGAAAAUCAGCUAUAAUUUUUUAAUUAAAUUUUUUUAAAAAUGAAAUAAGCCUACUCUUUCAUAUGUUAGCAUCUCAUAAGAGUCAUUUAUAGACCUUGUGAACCAUACAUGACAAUGUGUUAUAAUUAUAACUUUCUAAAACUAAAGCGGGUGCUAUUUUAUUUGUUGUUUUAGUAGACCUAUAUUUUAUUUAGAGAGAAGAAUUAGUAAGAAUCAUAUGUUGUUUUCUUUUUUUAUUUAUUAUUUACUCCAGCCAGAAACUUCCAAAUAAGUGGGUUAAACUAAUUUAUUUUUUUCAAGAAAGUUGGAAUUAGACACGCACUGGGGUAAGUUUCUAAGUGAUUGUCUGACUGAGUAUCCUGGCAUUAUCAAAGCCUCUCAUCAAUCGGAAGAUAACAGGCAUUUAGAGAAAAAGACAUUAAGUGCAUGCUUGGGCACUUAUGACAUAAAGCAUAGUUACAAGAUCGAAACUUUGAGGCAAUGAAGUAUGAAGGGAAAUUCUACCCCUAAUAUUAAUAUUGGGUUUAAAUUAUUUUUUUUCUCACCCCCAUUAUGUAGAAAUACUUACAAGGACGAAGAUCUUAUUUGCAUAUUUUACUGCAAUCACAUCUAUAUUUGAUUCUUAUUUUUGGGGUUUUUAAACUAAUCCAGAAAUUAUCAAGACGACAAAGUUUGCAUGCAUUUAUUUCGAAGCAUUGAUAAGUGAAUGUAAAAAUUAUAAAUUAAUUUUUCUUUUUUUGGUACAGUUUUUCCUGCUGUUGUACAAUUUGUUUAGGGGACCUUUUUUAUAGGUUUUUGUGGGGGAGUUUUGUACAGUUUUUAAUCCCACAGCUUGGCAGCAUGUAUGUCAUGAACUAAAAAUUUUUUUGAUGCAUUGGACUUGGAUGCAGAAGUUAAUUUUAAAAAUCUGAAAAAAAAUCAUUUAUACCAUUUUUUUUUCAAAAUUAAAACCAGGAUAUUUAAAAUAGUUUUGGCACCAUUGGCAUGGGUGUCCAAAAACAAACAAUUUUGUGUUUGUUUGCACUGAUAACUUUUCUGUCAUGUGGUGUUCUUUUCAAAAAAAAAUACCAUUGUUAUUGUGAUGCUAAUUAUAGUAAUUUUUAUGAAUUUUAUAAUAUCAAUAUAUAUAUUAUUAUAAUAUAUAUAUUUAUUUAGGCCUAUCCUAGUUGUUUUUAUUAUUUAUGCAGGAAUAUCAGAAUCAGAUGUAGGCUACCCAAAAUAUUAAAUUAAUAAUUUUUUUUUAAUUUUGUAAUUUGUAGUCUUUAAUUUUAAUUAUGAACUGGUUACAACUCACCACUAACCAGGACCAGGACUAGGACAAAUGUCCGAAAAUCAUACUGUACAUAAAAUAGUAUGGAUGGUCACCUUAACUCAACUUGAGUAUACUGUAUUGUGUGUUCUCACACUCAGACACUGACAGUUACAAUCAACUGGCCCCCACUGAGCCCCCUGUCACAGAAACUGAGGUGUAGUCUGACUGGUAGCCCAUCAAAAUCAAAGGACAAAAUCAAAGCUAGAAAUUAGCUCUGUAUUAUUUAGGCAUAUAUAUAUAGGGCCUAAAGAAAUGAUUUAAGGAAAGAGGUCAAAGAUGAAAGUCUAUCGUAGUGGUGCAUUUCGUUGCUAAUAAAGUUUUCCUAUAAAAACUUAUUUUAAAUUACAUUUUUUAGCUUGUUUCUAUGGAAAACAUAAGUUAUCGAUAAAAGGCUAUUUGUCUAACACCGGAACGAGCAAAUUUUCCCAAAUACGUGCCCAUUGUCUCAUUGAGAAUUUCUAUAUAGGUCUCAAAUGUCAGUUAAAAUCAAUAUCCAAUACCUAAAUGACACUGUUCUAAACAUCUGAUGAGCUUCAUAAUAGUUUCCUGCUUUGAUACAUGCCUCGCAUUUCGCAAGGACACGUUCAACGCCACGCGAAGAUGCAGCCAUGUUCUAGAAGUUACCGUAUAAAUAGUAGAGAUAUUUUGCGAAAGGGAACAAGUAGGCUGACAGGGAAUUUCCUAUCGUGUAGCCGAGUUAACGAAAAGAAGAAGUUGUAGUAGUAUUCACUGAGUUGACUGAGUCGUCAGUCAGUGUGUUCUAAUCUUUUUCUAUGCAUUGAGAUCGCAAUUUAUACGUGCAGAAUAAUAAAUCAGUUUACAUCAUUACUAUUUAAAAUGUAUUAUACUAAAUAUAGUUUAUUUUUUAAUCAUUAGGCAUAGACCUACGUUAACUACGUAUAUUAAAUAUUUGAUUAUUGCUCACUGCUUUGUCAGUAGUAAUUAAUAGUAAGCUUAAGUAGGCAUGGGAAAUAACUCAAGAAAUUACAAAUAAGGCAAGGAAUGGAUUCUAAUAUUUAAUGUAUUGUAAUUUGAUAUAUAUAAUUUAUGUUACGAAUUACAAUAAAUUCAAACACAUACAAUCUAAUAAAAUAUUAAUGAAUGUAAUCCCACUGAAAACAUAUAAAUGUGACAGUACCAAAUCACCUCUUUCUUCUCGACCCAGCACAACAGACUUCAGUAUUUUUGCCUUAUUAAGUAUUAAGGACAUGUAACUAACAUGGGUUAAAGCAGUGGUGGUGAACAUAAGGAAAAUCUUAUAUUGCAUUUCAGCGUUUGGUCCCCCACCUACUUAUAAACUUUCUCCACUGCAUGUCUAAAUCCAACUUUAAGGUUUUUUUUUUUACAAGUCAAGUCGCCCCAGUAGCUGAACAAUGGCUAAAAGGGCACAUAGGGGCUUUUCUUUCUUUGUUUAGAUCAUCUUAUGCAUGUAAACAACUGUUUGAGCUUUGAAUUUUAUCGAAACUGAAACAAGAAAGAGAAUGACAGAUGAUCAAGUGAUGCAUGUGUUGCUCUCAAACAAAGUAUGAGCAAGGUUUGACAAAUUAUCAGCAUGCAUACAACAGCAAAGAUCACAUAAAUUGAUUAAUUGUGCAAAGACAUGCAAAAUGCAAACCUUUACCUUUUUAUAAAAAAAAAAAAAAGAAGAAGAAGCUGUUACAUUGAAAACUCUAGACCCCUCUAUAAUUUGUUUUUUUUUCUAUUCUAUUAAGACAAAAGAUGUUUAAGAACUAAAAGUAUGAGCAAGGUUUGAAAAAUUAUCAGCAUGAAAACAACAGCAAAGAUAAAAUAAAUUUAUUAAUUGUGCAAAAACAUGCAAAAUGCAAACCUUUACCUUUUUAUAAAAAAAAAAAAAAAGAAGAAGAAGCUGUUACAUUGAAAACUCUAGACCCCUCUAUAAUUUGUUUUUUUUUCUAUUCUAUUAAGACAAAAGAUGUUUAAGAACUGGUAUAAGUGAGUUCUUUUUUCAUAAACCAGAACCUCAGUUGGCACUUUGCAAUUAAUAAGUGGUUUUUGGGAAGUUGCAUUUUGCUCUAAACGGCUCACCAUCACUGUCCUAUGGUGUAGGGCAGGGGUGUCAAACUCAAUCGCUCGGCGGGCCAAAACUCAAAUCACAUGUAAGGUUGCAGGCCGAACCGUGUAAACAUUCAAUAAACUGAAAAUUAAUAUUUUUUUUUAAAAAAUGUAAAUAAAUGAAAACAGAAAAAAAGUUUUAAUAAUUAAAAAUCAUUGGCAUUCCCUGUUUCGUACUUAUGCCAAUUUAUCAGAGCUGGAUGUUUGGCACAUUUUCUUUGCUAAAAAAACAAGUAAGUUCGUUUAUUUUGGGAGUGACGUUCUGUGUCAUGGAGAUUCUCAUGAUGGACUGCAAGUGUUCAUCAAUGAGUUGACUCCUGUGUGAUUUUUUGUUAAUCUUCAUCACAGAAAACAGCUGCUCAUACACAUAUGUGCUACCCAACAUGCUCAAGGUUUGAGCCGCAUGUAGACGAAGGAAUGAAACGAGUGAACUGUUCAGGCACAGCUGUGUCUUACUUUGCCUUUAGAGUCCCAUUACACUGUAGCUCUAUUAGCUCCAUCUGCAAAUUUACCGGCGCAGUUUCUACGUUUACGAUAAAUGGGUUUUAAAACAGCUCAAAAUUACAUUUCUGUGCUUCAAAAUCACUAAAGCGCCGUGCGAACUCAGCGCAAAGUAAGCUACAUUUUUUAGCAAAGUGUGCAUAAGGAAACUCCAUAGCGUUGCCUUGGAUAUAAGUGUACGCCAGUCAAGACCUCGCGGGCCUGAUAUAAUUGUACGGCGGGCAGGAUGUGGCCCGCGGGCCUUGAGUUUGACACAUGUAGUGUAGGGAAAGACCAACUGAUGUACUUUGAUGUAGACCUUCACAUUUCUCACAAUAGCAUCAGGCACAUGUCCAAAUGGUUACUAGAAGAGGGUGCUGAUGAUGAUACAGGGGCCAAAAUACAUAUUUUUAAAACUGACUAACCUGUUAUUUUUUUAAUUAUAACUUGUACGAAAAUAAAUUAUUUUAAUUUAAAGCGUUUUCAAACUUUACUGUAAUUCUGUUCCAACUAAAAUAUGACUGGUUUGGGGAGCAGCAUCCUACAUAAUUAUUAUUACUAUUAUCCUCAUGGAAGAGAUGGAUUAUAUUAUUAUUAAUAAUUUUUAUUAUUAUAUGUAAAUGUAAGUAAAAUUCAUGUUCUGCAUAAUGUUAAAAAUGUGCAUCAUGAAUUUUACCCUUAAAUUAUUAUUUUUAUAAAUAAAUGUUAAAAAAUGUGUACACAACUUUGAAUCUUUCAGGACACACUGACACAAAGUUGAAAACCUCUGUUUUAAAAUCACUGUUCUGGUUUUGAAUUUGUGUUAUUUUACUUACAGGUCUUCUUGAAAUAUAUUCAAUAAUCAUUAUGGACAUUGCUGAAGAUACAACCAUUAAAAAAGUUGACACUCUUUUGAAUGCUGAUUCUGUAGAAUUUUGUCCACAUGAUGGCUUGCACCACAUUCUUCUCUGUGGCACAUACAAACUAAAAGAAUCUACAGUAUGUGCAAAACAAACUUAUUUUGGAUUCAGAUUACCGAGAUUAGUUGUUCAAAGUAAUUUAUUUUAAAAUUAAAUUAUAAUUAAAGAAUUUUAAAAAAGGGCAUGUACCGGUAUAUAAUAAAUAAGGCUAAUAUGAAAUUCAGAAUAUGAAUAACAUCUAAAUUUCAGUCCAUCCAUAUGUGUCAGAUUUUUUUACACUGUGAAUAUCAGUAUUUCAAAAAAAUACUCAAAACAAAGUGAAGAUGGCUACAUUUUGUCAAGCACUGAUGAGCAUGUCAAGUCAUGGAUCUAUUCAAUAUACAGUGCUAUUUAUAAAUUGCAUCAUAUUUUCAGUAGUGUACAUCAUUCAAAACAAAAAAAAUGCCAUAUUGAGGCUUGCAUCAGAUUGAACUAUUCAAUUCAUACAAAUUGGAAUGUCACUUAUGUAAGAAAAUUUAAACUCUCAUUACUAACCGCAGCUGCCUCGCAAACAGUCUAAGGGCACUUGUCAUCCUUGGCGACUAAAUGGUUUAUUUCUUGUCUGUUAACGUCAGUUUGAAGUUCUUUCUAUGCAUAUAAUUUCUGCUCUCAGGUAGAGAAGAAAUAACAGUGUAAAAAUAAAUGGCUAAUUUGGAAUGGCUGAUAUGGUAGCCUUAGGGCAUAGCUUUGUUUUGAUUACAGCAUGUGUUUCUUUUGAAAUUAUAAACCUGUUGAAUGAUUUGCUGUUCAUGUUAUGGUUUAAAAAUAUAAAAAUUCUAAAAAUAUUUUUCCAACAAUCUCAUCUAUGGCAUACUGGUACCAACAUAGUCCAUGGUUUCAAUUUAAAUAAAUAUUUGUAUAUGAUGAUACCAUUACAAGAAUAAAUAUUGUCCUAAAAGUUAAAUUAAGGUAUUGGUUAUGAUUUUAUAUAUGCAUAACUGAUCAAUAUUCAUCUUUUUCAUGCUCCUCAGCCAGCAUUGCUAGAACUGGAAGCUGAUCAAGUUUCUGAAGACACAAAAUGUAAAGAUGAUGCAACUCUAGAGGAUUCUAAUACUGCUGCAAGUCAGAUCAGAUUGGGAGGGGUGACAGUUUAUGGAUUAGUCUUUAACAAUUCCUCCAACUCUGAUCUUCACCUUAAAGAAUGGAACAAAAUCAAAAUGUGUGGAGUGCUUGACAUCAAAUGGUCACCUGCUUAUGUUGACGACAAAGCAUUAUUUGGGAUUGUGGAUGCUGAAGGAUCUGUUCAGGUUUGAAAUGUAAAUUAAAGAUAUGUAGAAGUUUAGAACUGAUGAAUAUCUCUAAGCAAAGGCCAAUGAUUAAUACAAAGGUGUAAACAUAGUUUUUGAAAUGCAUGCGAGGACUCCAGAAACAGAUUCAGUAUUAUCUAUAUUUUAAAUGGAUGUUAACUGAAUACAUUUAAUAUCUCCCUAACUAAAGCAAAACUACAAACGAGCAAGUUUUCCAUUAGUUCAGGCAGAAUUAAACCAAUUUCAACCAUUUCCCCAUUACUUAUUUGUGCAGUGGCUAUUUUUUGUAGCCCUAUCCUUUCAUCAUUUAUUUUUCAUGCAAUUCUCAUCACCGUUUUGAGCUACAGUAAUUAUUGGAAAUGUGUUUUUGUUCCAUUUGCCGUAACUUGACUCAGGCAUACCGUAGCUUAUUAUUGGUAACAAGAAUUUUAAAAAUUAUCCCUUCUUAUUUUUUUGUUAAUGCCUACGGUCCGAUUUCAACAAAAAUUGAGAUUGUUUUGUUCAAAACAUACAUACCCAGUAAAAUAAUCUUGUUUAAAACCUUUGUCUCAUUUUUAAGACUUUUUUGUCUUCACAAACCCUCCUUCUCAACGUGGUUGUCUGUCAAUGUUCCACAUGUAAUAAUGUCUCAAUUCUUUCAGUAGAGAGUGACACUAAUGCAGUGGAAUUUUUUUUAAAGUAGUGUUUUUAAGAAAGCUAUGAAUAUUUUUGGAAGCCACAAAUUUCCUAAACUCUCUACAGGUUCCCCUCCUUUUUGGGUUGCUGGCUAUUUCCACUUUUGCUCUUAUAGUAAGAAACAAUGAAUCCAGUAUAUAUAAAAGAUAUAACCUUAAAUUUGUUCUUGACAAGAAUCCACAAGUCUAAAUAAUUUGAGAAAGUGGCAGCAUUUGCUAUUAAAUUUAUUUAUUGAAUUUUUCUUCUAUUUCACAGAUUUUCGGAUUAACCAAGGAAGAUUAUACACCAGAUGCAAUCUCUAAAGCAAGCCUCUCAGAUUGUUCACUUGGUUUGUCAUUAGACUGGACAGGUGAUAAUGAUACUGAUAGGUAAUAAUUGGUGAGAUGUGCAGAUUCUGUUUAAACUUAGUUUAGGGCUGCAGACUGUACAAAUCCCUCAAACCCUGUGCUAUUCCCAAGGGUAUGGUCAAAGGAUGUUUCCUCAUGGUUGUUUCACUACCUAAACAGGGUGGUUUCACAGAAAUUAAUAAUCAAACAUGUUGGUUAAAGGAGGUGGGUUUUAAACUAAUAGUCUGUUUACAAUAUGGAUCUGGGAUAUGCCGAUCAAUUUUUAUCUGCAAUUAUUAUAUUCAAAAGAAGCUGAAUGGUUCAGUGAUUGCAUACAUAGCUGUAGGAAUUAAUUCUACCUUACCAUUUUUUCUUUUGCUUACAUUAUCAUUAUUAUAGUUGACUUUGAUUCAAUGCAUUAAAAAUUUAAAGAGAAAGUUUUCAUCAAGGGCAAUUAAUUUUGUUUUGUGUCUGGUGUAAGUCCGCUGCUAGUAGCAUCGGAUUCUACAGGAUGUAUUACAGUUUUAGAUGUCAACAACAACCUCAGCAUGCUGUCGACAUGGAAAGCCCAUGAUUAUGAAGCUUGGAUUACAGCUUUUAACAAGCAUGACUCAAAUGUUGUAUUCACGGGUAAAAAUAAUAUUGGAUUAAUUUUCAGAUCUUUAUCAUAAUGCCUUUAGGAUGGAGAAAUAAUUGUUUAUAAAGUAUCUGCUUAGGUAUUACUUUUUUAAAGACUUUCUAUCUCUUAAAUAGUUAAGAAAUUCUAUCUCUUAAAUAGUUAAGAAAUUCUAUCUCUUAAAUAGUUAAGAAAUUCUAUCUCUUAAAUAGUUAAGAAAUUCUAUCUCUUAAAUAGUUAAGAAAUUCUAUCUCUUAAAUAGUUAAGAAAUUCUAUCUCUUAAAUAGUUAAGAAAUUCUUGUUGCUUUUAGGUGGAGAUGACUCCUUAUUAAAAACAUGGGAUCUAAGGGAUUUAUCAAGACCAACUAUUUGCAGCAAAAGGUAAAAUAUUUUUAUUUACUCUAGAGUCAUUAUUGACAGUAAGAUAGGUUACUAAAUAAAUAAAAUAAAAUUUCAUAAUUGACACACAGACAAAUUCUAGACAAGAUAUGUCUGUUUAUAUGUCAAUAAAAAUGUCAGUAAAAAUCCUUCUUUGAAAAUGAUUGAUAUGCUUUUUAACAGGCAUAAAAUGGGAGUUUGUAGCAUCCAGAGUCAUCCUUUCAAUCAGCACUUGCUUGCAACAGGAAGGUAGGCAUCAAUGCAAACACAUCAUUGUUCACUUGCUUGCAACAGGAAGGUAGGCAUGAAUUCAAACACACCAUUGUUCACUUGCUUGCAACAGAAAGGUAGGCAUGAAUUCAAACACACCAUUGUUCACUUGCUUGCAACAGGAAGGUAGGCAUGAAUUCAAACACACCAUUGUUCACUUGCUUGCAACAGGAAGGUAGGCAUCAAUGCAAACACACCAUUGUUCACUUGCUUGCAACAGGAAGGUAGGCAUGAAUUCAAACACACCAUUGUUCACUUGCUUGCAACAGGAAGGUAGGCAUGAAUUCAAACACACCAUUGUUCACUUGCUUGCAACAGAAAGGUAGGCAUGAAUUCAAACACACCAUUGUUCACUUGCUUGCAACAGGAAGGUAGGCAUCAAUUCAAACACAUCAUUGUUCACUUGCUUGCAACAGGAAGGUAGGCAUGAAUUCAAACACAUCAUUGUUCACUUGCUUGCAACAGGAAGGUAGGCAACAAUUAAAACACAAAUUUUGUUCAUCUUGUUGGAUUCGCACAACUGCAAAUUGCAUCAGUAUCACGAACAGAUCAGAUAACUAUUGUGCUUUAAAGAUGAGGAUCGCUCUAAAACAUGUGACAUUCUAAAAGUAGAGCCACAUUUGACAAACAUUCUCUCUUGUUUUAUUUUUCAGCUAUGACGAAGAGCUUAUAAUAUGGGAUAAUAGAAACUUCAAGCAAACACUGAAUAGUGUUUUUCUAGGUGGGGGCAUAUGGCGCAUCAAGUGGGACCCCCAGAAUGGCAGAAACAUACUUACAGCAACCAUGUACAAUGGAGCCCACAUAAUUGAUUGCAGUGAAUUAGGUUUGUUACAUUUUUUUUGCUACUGCAGUGAAUUAGAUUUGUUAAUUUUUUAUUGUUGAUACGGUUUCUUUUUUUAUUAUGUACCGGUAACUAAUACACAUAACAAAUGUUUUAAUAAAAGUACUGUACUUAAAUUAGUUGUUUCAUCUGCUAACACACAGAUUUUUCAUCAAAUUAGAUUUUUACACCCUUUUUCAGGCAACAACACCUUACCUGUAGUUGCCAGUUACAAAGAUCACAAUUUGGCUUAUGGUGCUGACUGGUGCAGACUAAAUAAAACAGGAAAGUGCAGACAUGAUGAUGAUAAAUAUGUGCUUAUAUCUACUUGCUCAUUUUAUGACCAUUCAUUACAUCUAUGGCAAUGGAAGAACAUAAUAAAGACAAACAAUUAAAACCACAUUUACAGUUUCUGCUUCUUCAUUAUAUUUUACUUAAUACAAAGUGGUGCUUUUACAUAUUUAUAUAUGUAUACUAUAUAUAUAAUCAAAUGUUGCUUUCUGAUGAGAAUUUCUUUCAUGUGUGAUAGCACUGCUCACCAUAAAGAAAAAAUAAUUAUGACAGUGCAUCAGUGACAGCUUGAGUAUUAAUUAUAUAUUAAAAACAAUGCAAAAUGCAAACAAAAAUAUGUCUGUUGUAUGAAUAAUUUUUUUAAUGAAUUUUUGUAACUGAAUGAGCUUAAACUUCAAUUGAAACUUGUUUUCAAUACCCUGUAAUGUUAUCUUAUAAACACUAUGUUCGAGCACUUCGUUCACAUUCCAUCAAACACUCUCGUACAAGAAUCCUGGCAUGUACUAUACUGCGUUUCAAUCUCUCUGUUGAGCUUCUGUUGCCAGCAUAAGUUGGCCUAAUGUCUCGACCCAUAUCUUCUAUAACGGCAAGGAGUGAAGCGUAUUUACUUUGAUGAUGAUGCAUUUGUGCAAGCGGAGAUGGGGCUGGGGGAGCCUGAGUAACAGUUCUUGCUGGAGGAACUUGUUGACCGUGAGGGUGCUGAGGUUGGCCUUGUGUUAAAGGAGGUGUUGCCCUUGCAAGAGGUGGUGUGGCUCUAGCUAAUGGAGGAGUUGCUCUGGCUAAUGGUGGGGUGGCACGUAUGUCCUGAGAAACCUCAGAUCGUGGAGUGCCUGGAUUACUAAUGCUGGGAGUUGCAGGAGAACUGCUGUGAUGUGAAUCUGUUCGACUUGCUUCUUCAUCAGCCAUUAUAGCAAUU